CUGAUUCAUUAUUUAGAAGCUGAAAAACUACGCCACAACACCGAGCACAGCACCCCAAAAAAAAACCGGAUCCAACGCAAUCUCCAACGCGAUGCCCGACUCUGCAGUGCUCCCCCCGGGAUUUGUUCUCUUCUAGUCAACCGUCGUCGUCGUCCCGUGAACAAUUUCCAUUUUAUGUGGUGACCUGAGCCGUACCCAUGGCAACGGAUCAAUAGAUUUCCACGAAACCAAGUCGAAGCCUGGUUUGUUUCCCCCGCGGCAGACGGCCUGCUACGACGAUUCCCGUCGCGAGCAAUGCAGAAGAAGAAGAAGCCGGACAAAAACCUACAACGGAGAAGCACACUGGCAAGAGAUUUAUUACGCCGCCAUCGCAGCUUGCCAGGCCGACCAGCCAGCCAGCGAGCCAGCCAGCCAGUCAUCCAGUCAGAGGUCCCCACACACACGGGAUCCCGUCCUGUCAGGCCGCGAACUGACAAGCCGCAGUUUUGUUGCGCAGAGCACAUCAGAGUCACUGGUGUGCGUGCUUUUUUCCUCUUACUAGGGCUGCUGCUGCUGCUGCUAGUGCUGCUGGUGCUGGUGCUCGCAGGAACGGACAAUUUUACGAUCCAUCAACAACAACAAAAACAACAACGGCACACACUGCCUGCCUGCCUGCCGUUGUCGUCAUUCGAACAUAGGGGGACGUCGUUUUCUCUUUCCGCUGUCUUCUUCCUGUACAAGAGAGAUGGGGGCGUUCGAGGUCAUAGCCAGGAGGUUGGGAGGACACGGAAUGGAGUGCGCACAUCAGGCAACAUCAGAAGAAGGAGGAGGAGGAGGACGAGAUCUCAACCAGCGAUGGAUCGUCGUCUAUCGAUGCACUCCGACUCGUCCCAGGAAGCGAUGGAUAUAAGCUCCUCGAACCGCACCGGCAGCAGCAGCACCGAUGCGAACAAUUCUUCGUUCCUCAACAAUAACAACAACAACAACAACAUUUUACUGAAUAAAUCUGCGAUCACCACGACGACUAGUGCCGACUCCGACAAUGUCGACUCGGAUGAGGAUCAACGCCGUUCGGUCCAUCUGUUCCAGGCCCGUCACAGUGCCCGAAGGGAAAACCUGCACCAGUUGAUGGAUAACAUGUUGCGCCGGAAGUUUCACAGUUUGAACAACAACAACUACAGUGGGAAACAUCCGGCGUCGGCUGGGAACACUUUGCUGCAGCAGCAUCUGGCGGCGGCGGUCGUUGACAACAACCAGAAUCAUGACGAAAGGGAAACGAAUGACGGAAAGAAGUAUGUGUGUCCGAUUUGUGACACGAUUUCAUCGACCAAACAUGACUUCACGGAACACAUCCGAUCACACAACAACAGCAAAUCGGCAACCGGCGGUGAUAACGGAGAAGGUGGUCAGUUUGUGUGUAAAAUCUGCUCGAAGGUUCUGUCGUCCGCAUCGUCGCUGGAUCGCCACGUGCUGGUGCACACCGGAGAGCGACCGUUCAACUGUAAGUACUGCAAUCUGACGUUCACGACGAAUGGCAAUAUGCAUCGGCACAUGCGAACCCACAAACAGUCGGAACGGGAAAGCUACGAAAGUGAUGGUUCUACGGAUAGUGGCGGAAGUAGCGGGGCAAGCAGUGGGAUGUCCAACAAUAACAACAAUAGCUACAACAACAACUACGAAGGGGAAGGAAAGCGCAAGAAUUCGGACGAAAAUGUCCACUACAAGCGCAAGAUUCGUACUAUCAAUAAUAACAUCCUGGACGGCAGUGUGACCGAAGGGGUUCAGAAGUUUUGCUGUCCGGUUUGUGUCCGGAAUGACUUUUCCAGUAUGAUCAGUUUGGAAAGUCACAUGGACCGGGAACAUCCGCAUAUUCCGGCAAAGUGUCGUCACUGCGAUAUGGUGUUCAAAAGCUACAAAGCCCUGAAUGCGCACCGGUGCGGAAACAACAACUACCAAAACAUAACUCCGGGUUUCAAAGAUUUGACGUUUGUUGAUUUUUCAAGUGAAAAAUUCCCACUGAUAGCGAAGAGUGUUUGCGAGCAGAGCAUCCGGACACCGGUGACCAGUCAGAAGUUCGAAUGUACCAAGUGUUACCGAGCGUUUCCCUGUUCGAAAACGCUGGAGAUGCAUGUGCGGGAAUGUGGCGCUUCGGAUUACAGUUCCAGUGGAACGGAGAAACGCAAAUGGAAAACGAGUGAGGCAUCGUCGGAGGAGGACCUCAAACGAGAUGAUUUCUUUGCCAAUCUGGACCUGCAGAAUAAGUCUAUGUCGACGAACAUGUCAUCGAAUGUUUCCGAGGCACCCACCACUCCGUCAUCGUUGGACAAAUCGUUCUCCUCACCGAUCAUGUCCCGUGAGAUAAAACAAGAGCCAAACUACUACCACCACAGUGGUGCCAACUAUCCUCCGCAGCAGGACAACAAAGAUCUCGCCGACAUCCAGUCGAUUAUCAACGUCACCUCGUCCGGGGGAUUCUUCCGCCAGUUGGAUAAGGAUCCGUACCCUCCGCUGCUGAAGGAUGAAGAAGAAGCUCAGGAUGCUUUCACUGCGGAGUUUCGUAAAAUGAAACUUCGUGGUGAAUUUCCCUGUCGGCUGUGUGCCGCCGUCUUUCCCAACCUACGGGCGUUGAAGGGUCACAACCGGAUUCACGUAUCCGCAGCCGGUCCGGGACCGUACCGGUGCAACAUGUGCCCUUACAUCAUCAAUGACAAGGCGACUCUGAUUCGACAUAUGCGAUCUCACAACGGAGAUCGACCGUACGAGUGUGCCCUCUGCAAUUAUGCCUUCACAACGAAAGCGAACUGCGAACGCCACCUGCGGAAUCGCCAUGGCCGUGCGACCCGUGACGAAGUCAAACGGGCUAUCAUCUAUCAUCCCUCGGAGGAUUCGUCCUGUGAGGAUCCGUUGAAGAAGAUGCAAAUGUUCAAUACGCCACCCGGGGACUUCGAUCGGGACGUGGAUGAUCAUCCGUCCGACCGGAGCACUCCGGUGUCGCACCUGAAGGAAAUGCUGAUGCCAAUACCGAUGAGUCUAGUCACUAAGAUCGACAGCACACCGAUGCCGAUUACGCCGGCCAAAAUUCAGGUGAAAAGUUUGGAAAAGCUUAACCAAUUGACUCCGCCGCAGGAACAAGACUACGAAAAGGAAACACCGGACACUCCGGUUUCCCAACAGCCUUCGGAGCCGAGUCAUCCGAUCGAUCUAAGCAUGGAUGUGUUGGAUUUGAGCAAGAAACCGGAACCGAUCAUUCGCCGCGAAAACGAUGCAGACUCGGAUCAUCCUCGUUCCGAUGCCGAAGACGAUGACGACGAACGUGGCGACGAUGACGCGGAGGAUGAAGACGAAGAGGAACAACAGGCCGCCAAAAUCCCAAAACUGGAUCUAUCGUUGCUGGAGAAAAACCAACACCAACUUCAGCUGAUGCAACAGAAACUCUUCAGCGAAGCGCUAUCCAAAAUGGAUCCGGCCCAUUACUUCCAACUAAGCCAACUGUACAGCCGGUUCGGUUUUCCGGCGGCCGCUGCCUUUCCCCUACAUCCAUUGUUCCUACAGAAUCCUCUGCUGUGCGCUCCCGGUGCUCUCGGUGAUCUGAAAAAUUUCUUCCCCAAAGAAUUUCCCCUGUUGCCACAGAUGUCCGGCGGUAGUCUGAUCGGAAAUCCGUUCCACUCGCCAUCGGAAUCACCCAAGAGCAGUACGGAAUCCACGGUCGGAUCCGGACCAGCUCCGUUCGUCACCACAACACCUCUAUCGGCUAAAAACUCCGGAGCUCAGCAAUCGCCACAAAGUUUGCCAAAUUCUCUACAACAGCAAAAAGUACUUUAUCAGCAUCAUCAGCAACAGCAAAUUCCCCCGCCACCACCACCUCCCCCGUCGUCCAUGUCUGCGUCGAUCCCGAUGGGAAACGGUCCCGUCAAGAUGGUUAUCAAAAAUGGCGUCCUGAUGCCGAAGCAAAAACAACGCCGCUAUCGCACCGAACGUCCGUUUGCCUGUGAGCAUUGUUCCGCGCGUUUUACACUGCGUUCGAACAUGGAACGUCACAUCAAACAGCAACAUCCACAAUUUUGGUCCCAACGGCAACGUGGCGGUCAUCACAUGAUGCGAGGUCGUGGACAUUCAUCUGCCGCAGCCGCUGCGGCGGUUGCUGCUGCUGCUGCAGCCUCUGCCGUGACUUCGAACCCCGGGUCGGCUUUGCAUCAACAUCAUCAUCCGCAUCAUCAGUCGAUGGCGGCCGCUUUCGGUGGUAUUUCCGAUCAGGUCAAAUAUGCAAUUCUGGCCCAACAGUCAGGCAAAGCCGCUGCCGGCCACCAUCCGAACCACCGACCCGUGGUCGACGGUGGCAGCGAAAUCGGAGGUACGGCCGGAAUGAGUAGCAUGCUUCAGAAUAUCAUUGCUCAAGGGCAGAAUCCUUUCGGAGCCGGAGCUCCGAUGCACCACAACCAACACCACCACCACCAACAUCAGGCACAGUCGAGGGCGGAACAUUCAGCGGUAAAGGCGGGCAAUGGCGAGCACCACCGAGCGGGAGACGACGAAGAAGAUGAAGAGGAGGAAGAGGAAGAGGACGAACAGGAGCUUGUGAUUGAUGAGGAGCUAGAAAUCGACGAAGGAGAUCACCCGGAGGAUCUGAGCAGCAAGGGAGGCAACGAGUCUGAACAGGAAUUACCACGACCGGUUCAGGUUACCAGGAAUGACAGUCCCGUGUUUCAGCAUAAAAUUUUGAAGCAAAAACUGGAGGAAACCAAAGAACAACGGCAGCAAGCAGCGAAAGCUGUGGCGGAGGGAAUUCUCGAACAGGCGAUCCGACAGCGGAAGGAAGUGGACAAGGAAAAGGAACAACCGAAAAGUAGUGCGGACGAGAGUGAUUUGGUGUCGGUGUCCAAACUGGUCGACAACGCCACCAACGUGGCAUUCGAGAACUAUUUUAGCAGACCUGAUGUUCCGUUGUCGCAGGAUCAGAGCGACGAGGAAGGCCUGGUCGCAUCGGGCUCGGCAUCCGAAAGCAACAACUCCGGAACGGAUGAUCCGAAUCCGUCGAAUCAUUUGCAGAAGAAGAAAUCCGCCUACAGUUUGGCUCCCAAUCGGGUCAGCUGUCCCUACUGUCAGCGUAUGUUCCCGUGGUCCAGCUCGCUACGGCGUCAUAUCCUUACCCACACCGGUCAGAAACCGUUCAAAUGUUCGCAGUGUACUCUCCUGUUCACCACCAAAUCCAACUGUGACCGUCAUCUGUUGCGGAAGCACGGAGACGUCGAAUCGGCCAUGUCCAUUCCGGUGCCGAUUGAUGAUCUGCUGGAUCCCAAACCGGAACCCAUUCCGGUGGCCGUUGCCGAAGCUAUUGCCAAAUCCAAAGGAACACCGCCAUCAUCUCGACCGGCCAGCCCAAAACCACAAUCUGCUCAAUCUGUCCGCCUGGAGGAGGACCACCAACCAGCAGCACCAGCAGUCAAGGCGUUAACGGUGGCGAAGGAGGAAGAGGAGGAGGAAUUCGAACCGAUCCCGUCACCGGAACCGGCCGCUAAAAUCAAAGAUGAACCAUCCACGGACGAUAACUCCACGAUCCCGGCCGUCAAUUCGGAUCUUCCCUUCAAGUGCCACCUGUGCGACUGUUCUUUCGCCGACCGAGUGUCCUGUCUGGAUCACAUCAAGCAAUCCCACGUGCACGAAUUUGCCCUGCUCAUGAACAAGGUCACCCUGGAAGCGGAAAGUGAAGCCCCGUCCGGUUCGCCGGAUGACGACGAAAGCGGUAACAAUGGCGAAGGCGGUCGGGGUGGAAAGUAUCCCGACUACGCCAAUCGGAAGGUAAUCUGCGCCUUCUGUUUGCGUCGCUUCUGGUCGACGGAAGAUCUGAGGCGUCACAUGCGCACCCACUCUGGCGAACGACCGUUCCAGUGUGACGUGUGCCGCCGUCGGUUCACCCUGAAGCACAGUAUGCUGCGACACCAGCGCAAACACAAGUGCUCUCGGCUGAACGGAGGCGGAGGUGUCGCCGAAGCUGCUGGUAAAAAUGGACAUGUGGCCUCGUCGGACUUCAGCGAUGACGAACCGGAGAUGGCACCGACUCCGCCGCCUGCAGUACCACAGUCCCAGCAAAAACAACAGUUGCCACAGGCCAUCACCCGUUCUUCCGCGAAGGGAUUGCUGGGAGGCGGUGGUGGCAGUUCGGCCGAUUUGAUCGGCAAUUUGCUCGGCAUCAGCGACCAGGGUAUCCUGAACCGAAUGCUGCUCGGAUCCGCUUCCGAUGCGGCCCGGCUACUGGGCGUGGAAAAGUGAGGGCUCCGCCCCGGUUUAUUACCAUGAAUCCAAAAGCAAACUCUAGUCAUACUUUAUCUUGAACGUAUUUUUUUAUCCAACCUACAAACUCACAAAAACAAUUGAGUCAAGAAGCGAUUUGGGUCCUCCUCUCCGCCCUUCCUACUUAAAGAUUUAAUCGACAGAAACAACGAUUUUUUUAAAGAAUGAUUUCCAAUCCACGAAACAUUUGAUCUUCGAAUCGAAUGCAUUGUACAUACUUAGAUUUCCCGUGAUUUUCGUUUAGACUGUAGACGUUUAUGCAUGCGUAAUAAGGGGUUGCAUGCAAGUUUUCAAUGUCAAGCAUCUCGCAUUCAAAUGGCUGGCUGACAGCUCGAAUAGUAGGCAUGGAAUUUUCUUUCGCCAAACUGCAAAACGAAACGCCAAUGAAAACCAAACAAAACAUAAAACGCAAUUUUUUUAAAACACCUAGAUUUAAUGAAAACAAAAAAAAAUCGAAAAUCAAAAGUACAGUAGCCUUGAUAAGGGAGUGUAAAUUGCGCCCGCCGCGGGAUGAAACGGAUAGAUUUUUAGGAUAGAAAACAAUCACUGUAACAUACGGUAGCAAAAGGGAAGCGAGGCCUUUUAAUCCGUGACGACGGAAACCGAAGUGGCUUAAACCGAGUAGUAGCUGUUUUUUUUUGUUUGUUGUUUGGCUGGGUGUGUGACAACUUGUACUUUAAAAUACACACACGCACGAACAGCAUACAUAGAAAAGAAUAACAUUCGUACGUAGAAUCAAAAUUUUCCCAUGCUAAAAAAGAAACGCAUUACAUUCCUUUUUUUUCCAUAAGGUUUUAGCCAAUCACCAACUUUGUUUAUCUGUUAUCUUUUGUUUAUCGUAUGAACCUUAAAGUAAGGCCAAUAUUUAAAAGACUGUUGAUUUCCUUUCGUAUUAGGUGUACUGCUAACCACGAAAUAUUUCUAAGUAGCAAACCCGUAUCAAUUGAUUGAUUUGCUUUUCCUUAUUGUGUAGAAUUAAAAUACAAUAUAACAGCUAUGACAAACCGCUUAUUUUAAAGUAUGCACAUACACCGUUUAAAAAAAAACAAGAAACAAUUGUGAAUGGCUGAUUUUACUCUAAGCUAAGCAAAACAAGCUAAGAUUGUAUUGUAUUUAAGUAGAGCCAAGUUUUAGUCCUGCUUUUUUUUUGGUUUGUUUAUUUUAAAUGCAAUGUGUAAAGCAAAAUGUGCCUCCUGUAAAUGAAACUGACAGAUUUUUAUCAACCUACAUUAGUGCCUAAGUAAGCUCGGAAUCGCCAAUCCGGCUAAGCCUGACGAAAACGAUUCGAUAAACUACUACUAUUACUACUACUACAAUUACUACUACUACUACUACAAACAUUUCUGCUUAGCGUUUAAGGAAAAUACUGAUCCUCAUUGCUCCCCACCUUCUUUUUGCCUCUUGAACAAGUGCGCCAUCAUCGAUUAGUGAUGUUAAAUUUUACCUCCGUUUUCACUCUCUAGUUUUGCUGCUCUUUAUUAGGAUAAGUAGAAUUUAUAUGUAGAAUAUUUAUUUAGAAGAAAGAAAAAAAAAUCGAGCACCAUCAAGUUUAGGUUAGUGUUUUUCUGUUUGUUUUAUUUUAAUUUUAUUGAAGCACCCUUCUUUUAGAUUUUAUCGACUGGGAGACUAGCGGAGAAAGAAAAUACAGCAGAUAACCAAAGUGUUAAAACAAAAUUAAAGCAAAAGGGGUGCGUCUUCCGUCGCAGGAAGCGCAUCUCACCAUUUUUUUUUCAUGUACGAAGAAAAAAAAGAAGAACCAGCAAAACAGCAUAAAACCAAUGUGCAAUGUAUAACGUUUAACGAAACAUUUAAGAGAAAAGUAAAAUCAAGCGGAAACGAUAAAGCAGCUUGCUCCCAAAGACAUAUUAGCGAAAAACAAAAACCAUUCGAAUCAUUGGUCGAAUUGGACGCAAUGAACACGAAGAAUCGAACGGUCGGUCAGUAGGACACUUAAAUUUAAACUUCAGGUGCCAUCUGAUGAGAACGUGGAGAACGAGACGCGAGGUCAAAGUCAAAGAAAGAAACAUACAAAAAAAAAAUAAUAACACACCGCUCUACGGUUGCUCAUUUUAUUGAAUCAAAAGUCUAGCCCCCGAAAACAAGGAAGGAACUAAGUGUUCCACCAUAAACAUAGCGAAAUGACAGCAACUACAACAAACAAACUAGUACUACUUCUUCUACUACUACAACGUAAAUGGGAAUGACAUUUGUAAUUUGUGUAAUGUAGCGCAUAUUUUAGCGUUAAGUCAGAGUUGCUGCACGUUUGAAAAACUCAACUAUCUCGUACACUCCCCCCCCACACCCUCACCAAUCUACAUAGAGUAACAAAAAAAAAAGAAAUCACAUCAGAGUAAAACUUGUUAACAAACAAACGAAACUGACAUUCUGAUUCAGAAGUUACGGUCAGAGUGGUAGACUUUUGUGAAUAGUUAGAUUUAUUUUGGAUGGUAAACCAAACAUUUACCUAAGGCUACUAAGAAGGUCACACAGCAGAAGAAAGUAUGGAAGAGAAAAAAAUUACAUAAAUUAUUGCUAUUACUAUUAUUAUUGAUAAUAUUAUUAUUGCUAAUUUUAUUUCAAAAGAAGAAAAAACAAACCCCCUACGACAAAGUGGAAGAAAGACAAAACUUAAGAAACCUUGAAAGCAUAGUUACUUAUAUAUUAUAUAUAUGAAUAAACGAGAUCAAUGA